UAUCACAAUUAUUAUACAAUGGACCAUGGCAUUAUGUAACAGAUUUGAUCGAACUGCCAAAUUGGAAGAGUGCGUCCCGUCCUUCAGCUUCGCCUGACAGUUAUUUUUUUUUAUCCUGUAUAGUAUACACAUUUUGAAAAGAAACAUUCAUUGGACGAGCGUGUGAAAUAAAUAUGGAGCCGUUUUACAAUUAUAUUGAUUACAGCUAUGAUAAUGAAUACAACAGUAACUCUACGAUCAACUAUGAAAAGAAACACUUAAUAGAGGUUCCUCUGACGAUCAAAGUUACAUUGGCAAUUGUAUAUAUCUGUAUGAUGCUUAUCUGCGGGAUUGGCAACCUCUUAUUAUGUUGUGUGAUAAUUCGAUACAGGCGUAUGCGAACAACCACAAAUAUCUUGAUAGGAAACCUAGCUUGGUCUGACUUUCUAAUCGCUGUGAUAUGUAUCCCGUUUAAUUUUCAUCACUAUACAACGCUAUCGUGGCCUUACGGAGAAGCGGUUUGUAUGAUGGUGAAUUACGUCAAAAACGCGUCACUUUACGUUUCCACUAAUUCCCUCCUCGUAAUGGCUCUUGACAGGUAUGUCAUCAUCAUGAAUCCACUGAGGCCUCGAAUGACACGUUUAAGCACAAUUAUAAUCAUAGCACUGGUAUGGGUGUUUUCGUUUUGCCUGGCCAUUCCAACUGGUAUACAUACAAACGUCACUGCUUAUGAAACAGAAGACAAGCUAGUUACACUGUGUGUCGUGCAUUGGACAAAGGGACAUCAAGUGCGCAACUAUACAUUAUUUAUAAUAAUUAUUGCCUUCAUUAUACCUCUAUUUGCUAUGAUAAUUUUAUAUUCUCGAAUAGCUGUCAAAUUAUGGUUCCGGAAAAUCCCCGGAAAUCAGUGCACAGCCAAGCAGGCCGCUGCCUCCAAUCAAUCAAAGAAACGCAGCGUACGUAUGCUCAUUAUUUUGGUUCUUGCUUUCGCCGUUUGCUUGACACCUUACUACUGUUUUAUUUUCGCACGUGACGUUAUGAUGUCUCUCAAUUAUGGAGAAACAUCAGUUUGGUACUUUUUCUAUAUCGUCGAGUGCCUAGCAAUGAGUAAUAGUAUUGUUGACACGGUUACAUACGUAAUUUUAAACCCCAACUGCAGGAAGCAUGGUCGCAUGCUUCUAGCCGAUACUUUUCCAAAAUGUUUCGAAAAGCCGUCGAUAUCGAGUGUACAAGGAAUGCAGUUAACGCGACGCGCAACAACUAGUAGUGUUGGACGCAUGGCCAGCACUGGAAACAGCUUCAGAACUUCACGUAGUACUAUUUCGUAUCAAUCAGUUCCGAAAGGUGAGAGAUCAUCAACGGUGUCAAUUGUCAAAGAAGAUACGGAUUCGACGUGAGGGAAAACACAAUAAUACUCAAAGCAUUUGACGAUUAAGCAAACUGUAGUUAAUGGUUGAUCCAAUUACAUUAACUGUGGAUGUAUAUACAUGCAGUUAACAUAGGCCUAUAGCAGUUUUGUGUUUCGGAGAUUGAUCGCGAACAUACACAAUAAAAAUUAUGCAUUGCAAUGUGAACGCAGACUAUAGAUAUGUUUACCAUCACAUCAAUUACUAUAGAUUUGUCUUAUAAAGCUCCAUCGCAGGCUUACGUAUGUCCUCUUCUUAAAAGCUUUACAGUGUUACAGUAUUCUCCUGUUCACGUAUAAGUAUUGCUAACAUUUGAAAAUAUACAUUUGCUUGUGAUUUUACGGUUUAUACCUAAACAGUUAUCUCCUAAUCUAAAUAUUAGGCCUAUAUGUAGCAGAAAAUGAGAUAUAUUAAGGAAUACUUAUAAGUCUCGUUCUUAUGCAAUAAAGAUUCUAAA